CUGUGUCCUUCCUACUGCCUCUUACUGGCUCCCACUAUUUCCUAUUGCCUCCCAUUGCCUUCCCAUUAACUUCUCAUUUCUUUCCAUUUAAGUCCUUUGUUUUCUAUUGCUUGCCAUUCCCUUCCACUUCACUUCCCAUUGCCUACCCAUUGCCUCCUAUCGAUUUCCACCGUCUUUUAUUAUUUCCUAUCAUCUCCCAUUGCCUUCUAGUUUUCUUCCUAGUAUAUCCCAAUGCCUUAUGUUAACCUCUGUUGGCUUCUCUCUCCCUUCCAUUGUUUCAUGUAGAUUCCCACCACAUUCUUAUUGACUUUCUCCCACGUCCUCCCACUGCCUUCCACCACCUCCCAUUUAUUCUCAUUGAAUCCUAGCACAUUCCCAUUGACAUCCUACUCUUUCCUACUGCCUUAUUUUUGUCAAUGAUAGAUUUUUACUGCCACUCAUUGCUUUCUAGUUGACUUCCCAUUGCUUCCCACUGCCUUCCCAUUACAUCCCAUCAAUUCUCAUGACUGUCCAACUGAAUUCCCAUUGCCUUCCCCCACCUUGACUCCCUUGGGUUUGCCCUGCCUGCCCCACACCCCGCCAUGACCCACGCCCUCUACUCAGGCUGCCCCAUCCCCAUGCCCCAGCUCACCUUGUCCCAUCCACAGACUGGCAGGUGAACCACCAGCUGCAGAACGUAUCCAUGGAGCAGGCCACUGAGCGCAGCCACUUCUCACAGGAGGCACAGGUGUGGAAGCAGAGCCUGAGGCAGACACAGCAGGAGCUGGCAUGGGUGCAAGAGGAGCUGCAGCAAGCAUGGCAGGAGGCCCACCGCAGUCAGCAGGAGCUGGCCAGGCAGGAUGUCGAGCUGGUGCGUGUCUCAGGGGCCCUGAAUGCAACCCAGAAGGAGCUACAGGAUGUGCAGGGGAAGCUCAAUGCCAUCCAGAAAGCAGCGAGCAGCCUGCGUGUUUGCCUGAAUGCAGACUGCUGCCCCUCGGGCUGGCUGCUCUACCGUGGCAAGUGUCUCUUCAUCUCGACGAUGAAGAAGAGCUGGUGGGAGAGCUAUAGGGAUUGUAUGGGGAAGUCUUCCCAUCUGCUGAUCCAAGAUGAAUGGGAGAUGUGGAUGCUGCCGUUUUUGCAAACAGAUGGUGCCAAGUACUGGAUUAGAGGAAGAUACUGGCCGUUAGGUAUUUAGAAUCUGAAUAAGAAGCCGUAUUACACGGGAGAGCCUCUGGGAAGAUAGACCAGAAAAACUGCAGAGAUGAUUAUGCAUGGAUCUGUGAGCAAGCCCCAAAUAUGAAAGGCGUAUCAGAGAGCAUCUUUCCUCUGCUGGCCAAAGGGUGACUCUGGCACUCCCUCUCGAUUACAGGACUUGGAGACAGAAGCUGUGGAUAUAAAAGAAAGACAGCCUUCCUGUUGUGCAUGGCACCAUGCUCGUGCCCUGUCAUGGUCUGGGGAGGUAGAUGGGGAAAGAAAGUGUUAGUGUUUUAAAGCUUGCCUGUCUGUUUCUCACACUCAUGCCCAUCCUUGAUACUUGACAAUAAAUUCAAGGCCUUCAGCAGUUAAUUCAAACUCUUCACAACCUGACAUUCUGUCUAGAUAAGCAUCUGGAGCCUCAAA